AUGGAUAUUGAACCCUUGUGGGAUCUUGGGGGGUGGUCUUUUCUUUCAAAUUGCAUGGCAGAACCUAAAACACCAUCAACAAUCUCAGAAUCUUUCUCAAAAUCAUCCACUUUGCUUCAGUUCCUCACACUUCUCUUCAUCCUCCUCUUUCUUAUCAAUUUAUCCAACCAACCAAACCCUUCAACCAUGGCUUCCUCAGAACCCAUCAAGUCCUCAGAAUCAACCAUGUCUACCACAAACUUGCACCCUCAUAAAACCCAAAACUCCCAUACUUCAACUAAGGAUGCUGGAAGAGAGUUUAGAGGUGAAGCUCAUGAAGUUCCAAGUGGUCCAAACCCUAUAUCAAACCGGCUUGAGGCAAGUGGACCAACUUUGAGUGACCAUCCAUUGGAAGAAGCUAUGGAGUUUGAUUAG